CCGAUGCAAUACGCCGGCCCCGAGGACCACGUCGCGCACCUAAAGCACGUCCUGGAGACCAAGAAGGCGCACGAGCUGGGGCAGAUCCAGGCGCGCGCAAGCUUACGUGUACGUGGCGCCAGCGUUGUGUACGCCCAGGCGGUCGAAGCAGCUACGCGGCGCUACGAGGCGCAGGUGCACGCCCUCAAGACGCAGCUCCUCGAAGACCUCACCGCCGAGCUCAAAAUGCUGCGAGAGAACCGCGAUGGCGUCACGCUUCUUCGAAAAGGUCUGAGCCGUGCUGCGCGCACGCACCGAAUGGUGCCCGAUGACGACCGAAGCACGCCCGAGGUUCCGUCCUCCAAGGUCCCCGUCGACACGCUGUCGUCGGUGCUUGUGACCAACCGGUCGCAUCGACACAAAGCGCUGGGUUCGCACCGAUAUGCUUCCUUCAAGACUGCGCCAGCUCCAGCCUUCUUGGCCGACGAUCUGGCCGAAAUCGCCGUUGCUGUCGUCACCAAGCGCCAGCGACUAUCGACGUAUCCCGACAGUCAAGAGAGCACUGGAUAAGCUCGACCCACCGCGUAUCUUAAUUUGUAUCUUGUACACUGGA